ACGCACCUGAAUUCAAUGUGCUUCUAAAAUUAGAGGCAUCAAAUGCAAGGAAAAGGAAAAUUAAGCGGCCACGAGUUUUUAGGCCUGUUACCAGAUCAUCACAGCUUUAUGCUAGAACUGAAUGUCAGCUGCCUACUUUGCCUUGGUUCUUCUUUUUGGCUUGGUGGAGCUUCGGCUUCUCCUUCUGACCCAGGAGAGGGACGAUCUGCCUCCUGGUGGUCUGAGCCUGGAACUGCGCCGUGUGGAGCCUGUGGCACAUCUGUCCCUGAGCCGUGCAAAGCCUGUGGCAUGUCCAGUUCUUCUUCGUCUUCUGACGAGGAGUCUUCCAGAAGAGAUAUCAUACUGGCCCCUAUUCCCAGAUGUAUGAGGGGCUUGUUGCAGAUACUCAGUGGCGUCGGGCGAAUUGCAGGAGGGAAGAAACCUGGACUCUGUUCCCUUUGUUUAAAGUCACCAGAUCCUGAGAGGACUAGUGCCCACAUGAUCUCAGCAGAUGAUGCAGAAUAUCCACGGGAAUACCGCACCCUGGGCAAUGGCACACGCCGCUUCUCCAACGUAGGGUUGGUGCACACCUCAGAACGUCGCCAUACUGUCAUUGCUGCCCAGAGUCUAGAGGCUCUCACAGGGCUCCAGAAGUCUGAGAUGGAACGCAAGAGGGAUGCAUUCAUGGACCACUUGAAGAACAAAUACCCACAGCAUGCCUUAGCAAUUCGAGGACAGCAGGACAGGAUCCGGGAUCAGCAACCCAACUACUGGAGCUUUAAGACCCGAAGCUCUCGGCAUUCACAGGGUUCUCAGCCUGGCCUGGCUGAUCAAGCCAAACUUUCCUUUGCUUCAGCAGAAUCUCUGGAAACCAUGUCUGAAGCCGAACUGCCCAUUGGGUUCAACAGAAUGAACCGCUUUAGGCAAAGCCUCCCAUUGUCGCGUUCCACCAGCCAAACAAAACUUCGGUCACCAGGCAUCCUUUUCUUGCAGUUUGGGGAUGAGACAAGGAGAGUUCAUAUCACCCACGAAAUCAGUAGUAUGGAUACUCUGCAUGCCCUCAUUGUCCACAUGUUUCCUCAGAAGUUGACAAUGGGGAUGCUUAAGUCACCAAACACUGCCAUUCUGAUCAAAGACGAAUCCCGCAAUGUUUUCUACGAAUUGGAGGAUGUCAGGGAUAUUCAGGACAGAAGUAUUAUCAAAAUCUACCGGAAAGAGCCCCUUUAUGCCUCAUUCCCUGGAUCCCACAUCACCAAUGGUGACCUUCGGAGAGAAGUGGUCUACACUUCCAGAGAAUCCUCUCCCACCCGGCGCCUAAACAGUAUAUCUCCUGCUUCCCACCUUACUUCUGGCUCCCCUCCUCCAGUGCUACAGUCAUCCUCACCAUCCCGUUCCCGUAUGUCUUAUAGUGGUGGGCGCCCACCCUCCUAUGCUGGCAGCCCUGUACAUCAUGGAGAGCGCCUCUCCAACCUCCCUCCAGCUCAGGGAGUCUCACCAAGUCCAAGUGCUAUCUUGGAACGCCGGGAUGUCAAGCCAGAUGAAGACCUGGUGGGAAAAAAUAUGGUGCUGGUGAAGAAUGAAGGCCUGUAUGCUGAUCCAUACAGUAUGGUACAUGAGGGACGUUUGAGCAUUACAUCUACUCAGUCACUGGCUGGGAUGGGAGAUCCAUUUGCUUACCCUGGAGGGCUUUAUAAGCGGGGCUCAGUGCGUUCUCUUAGUACCUAUUCAGCUGCUGCCCUACAAUCAGAACUGGAAGAUAGUUUAUACAAGCCCAAUUCACAGAUCUACAGUGAUACUUAUGGCCCAGGGAUGGGCUUCCGUUUGCCACCGUCAUCUCCCCAGAAAAUAGCUGAUGGCCGGCUGGUGGAUGUUCAGCAGAGCCAAAGUCCUCACAGCCCUUAUUCAGGGCCUCCAAGUCGAUCCUCACCAGUACGGCAGACUUUCCGCAAAGACUCUUGUUCCUCAGUGUUCAUGGAAAGCCCUGUCAAUAAACCACGGAAUCUCAGUUCUUCAGGUGCUCCGGAACUAUUCCCUGGACCUGGGGAACGACCUCAUUCUGGAUUCAGCUCACCAGUGCCUGCCAAGGAUGCUGAAACAAGGGAACGCAUGGAAGCGAUGGAAAAACAGAUUGCCAGUCUCACAGGAUUGGUACAGAGUGCAUUAAUGAGAAGCUCAGAUGGAGAGACUCCUAGUGAGAAAACAGAAGGGACCAAUGGAGGAACACCUCCAUCAGCAUCCCAAAGCAAAAGCAAUGUAGGGACUCCAGUUCCUGGACCUCCACCCCCAUCUACUACUGGUACACCAGCUGGGCAGCCCACUGCUAUCACUCGUCUGCACAUGCAGCUGCAUCUCCAUGACUUGCAGCAGAAUGCCAGUGAACUCCGCAACCAGCUGCAGCAACUCAAGAAGAUGCAGCUUCAAAAUCAAGAGACAGUAAAGACCAUGUUGAGACGGACAGAGACUGAAAUCAGUGUGCGAGUGACCGACACCAUGCGCAAACAGGAAGAUCCCUUACAAAGGCAGCGCACUCUGGUUGAAGAGGAACGCCUCCGCUACCUCAAUGAGGAAGAACUCAUAACUCAGCAACUUAAUGACUUGGAAAAAUCAGUAGAGAAGAUCCAGAAGGACUUAAUGCAUAAUCACAGAUUCAUUCCCAUACAAGAGCUGGAGGAGAAAUCCCUGGUGCUUAAACAGUUGGGAGAUACCUUGACAGAACUGAAGGCUAAUUUUCCCAGCCUGCAAAGCAAAAUGCGUGUGGUUCUCCGUGUAGAGGUAGAGGCUGUGAAGUUCCUCAAAGAAGAGCCACAUCGCCUAGAUGGCCUAUUCAAGCGGUGCAAAGCAGUGACUGACACCCUGACAGAAAUCCGCAAGCAAGUAGAUGAAGGUGUCUGGGAUUCCUCCAGUAACCUUCUCAGCCAAUCUCCAAAGAAGGUAGAGCUGGAAAGUGACUUCAGCAGAAGUCUGGAUUUUGAGCUUCCCACCAGCCCUCCGACGAACCUCCAUGACCUAACUUCUUCCACUGAUAGCCUAGGCACAAUCAGCUUUGGACAAAGCCAAGGGCAGAGCCACAUAUCCAAAAGUAGCAAUCCAUCCCGGGGCUCCGAAAUGAUUGUUGCCAAGCCCCAAACAGGCUCUGAGACUCCCAGCAAAAAAAGUAUGGACAGAUCAGUGUCCAUAGAGGCUGCAGAACGAGACUGGGAGGAAAAACGUGCAGCCUUGACUCAGUACAGUGCUAAAGAUAUUAACCGGCUUCUGGAAGAGACCCAAGCUGAGCUGAUGAAAGCCAUCCCUGAUUUGGAGUUUGCAGCCAAGCACAAGCAGUCUUCCAGCAGUGGUGGCAGUGGAAGUGUUGCCUCCACUCCGGAGCACAAACCUACCAAACCCCAGCAUGCACAAAAGACUACAACCAAAAUGGACCCCAAUGGUCGCCGGGGAUCAGAUGAGCUGACGGUGCCAAGAUAUCGUACAGAGAAACCCUCCAAGUCUCCCCCUCCUCCCCCACCACGGCGAAGCUUCCCAUCUUCUCAUGGGCUUACAACUACCCGCACAGGAGAGGUGAUCAUCACCAGCAAAAAAGAAUCUGGCUUCAUGAAGAAAGCUGAAUCAGAAGAGCUGGAGACCCAGAAGCCUCAAGUGAAACUGAGAAGAACUGUAUCAGAGGUUGCCAGGCCUGCUUCAACACCCCCCAUCAUUGCUUCUGCCAUCAAAGACGACGAUGAGGAGGAUAGGAUCAUUGCUGAACUUGAGGUAUUUCAGAGAAGCUCUUCAUUUAUUCCUAAGUUUCGUUGCGACCAACCUGUGCCAGCCACAGAUAUGUGGCCCAAUGGGGCCACCAUAACCACCAAAGGAUGGAAGAAGAAGGUGAAGUACUCAUGGGGUUGGAUAACAAACAUGGCACUACAGAACUAAAAAGCAAAGAAGACAGAACUCAGAAGAGAUACUUUCAGUUUUGAGAAACCUUUAAUGAAGAUUGAAAACAGAUGCUUAGAGGUAACCAGGCUGAUGUUUCAAAUAGUAUUUUCCCUUAGAAAAUCUACAAUCCCUUGGGAAUGAAAUCCCACGAAAUAUGAGAAAUUGUUUAGGCAGCAACACGAGGAUUCUACGGAAGAGGAUGAUAUUUUAAGAGAAGAUCAGUAAAGGAAUCUGGAUGAAAAAUAAAAGGUGUGUGCACUACUGUUGAUGUCAUGACUAUAAGAACCCAAGACCUUUGAAAAGACAUUUGCCAAAAACUGGAUAUCCUAGAAGAGACCAUCAAUGACUCAGAAAGAACUAUCAAUGUAAUUUAGCUGCCAGGCUUCUAUUGACCUAAUGUUUCUGGACAGCUAAAAUCCAAAGAUUAAAAAAUAGAGAAGGAAAGGCAGGUAAAAAAGUGCCCAGAAAUGGCAUUACUGUUGAUAGGGAUGUGAAGUUAGAAUGCCACGUUCAAAACAGGGCAAAUGCAAAUGACAGCCCACCUAAUUCUUCUCCAAUCAUCUCGAAGCCUCUUUACUAUCCAAAUCUCAGUUUCUUUUGAACAGAUUCACUUGUUUGAUGUUCCUCUUGAUCUGCUCCUCCUCUUGAUUCUUCUUGAAAGUGUCAUUUACUGUCUCAAGAUUUCAUUUGUUUUCAAGAGAAAAGGUGUGAAACCACCAGUUGCUGGGACUCUGUAAAAUGGGACUUCAGUCUCACUGGAAAGUUAAAUGAACUGUUUUUAAUUUCAUUAUAUGUUCUUUCUUUUUAUAAAAUAGUUUUGGUGUUCUUUAAGUUUAUUGCUGUUUCUUUAGUACUGUUGUAAUUACCACUUUUCACUUCCUGUUUGUACUAACUUUUUCUCAUCACCAUCAGAUCUAUCUCUGAAAUGAAUUAAGUACUGCCUCUUCAUAGAAAUGAAAGGGGUUUUCUUGAGUUUCACUUUGAACAUAUCUGAACUACAAAUUUAAACUACUUGGCACAGCCUGGUAGUUCAACAACUGUAGUUCACACUCAAGCAUGGAAAAAUAGAGUUUUGCAACAAUAAUAAUAAUAAUAAUCCUCGAAUCUCUAAUGCAGAAUUCUUAGCAAUCCAUGAUCACCACCAGAAAAAUCUUUAUCAGUUUGGGAGUAUAUGAUAGGGGUAGGCAGUGAAAAUAAUUUUGAUGAGUUUAAAUGGAUAGUGUUAUUGUCCCUUUAAGAAAUACCACAGUUUGUCCAUCUACUCAUUGUUGUCUCCGGUUCUUCCAGUUGAUAACUAUACUGUAUAUUUUAAUCUAUUUAUUUCAUUAAUCUAUUUAUUUCAUUAAUGUAUAGAACUAGAGGAUUAGAUUUGUAUUUACUGUAUUUCUCUUACCAAAUCCUCAGAAAUGAGUUAGGCUUGUGGACCAACCCAGAAUCUUUUCCUUUUAGUUAUCAGGAAGCCAUGGAACAUUAUUUAAUAAAAACGGACUUAGAAACUUUCUGAGUUAACUCUCUAUUUUAAAUGUAGCAGAGAGGACAACCCCCUAAGGCAUAUCUAAAUAUGCCAUUGAAGACAGAAAGAAAGAAAUGAAUUAUUCAUUUACUUUUCAAGAUUGGGAAGUUUCAUGGACUUCUUACAUGUCCAUAAAAUAAUAACAUUUUGCAAUUUGAACUGGCAAGAAAUAAUUCACACAAGAUGCUGCACCAAGCAAUGUUCAAUCUUGGUGGAUGAGAAUAGUCUCUUCAUUCUUUCAGUUUCUGAAAUAUAGUUAUGAAUACCUGUUUUUGGGGAGCCAACGAGCAUGCAACUGUAUAUGUAUUAGCUAUAACUACAGUAUAUAGGUUUUAGGUUCUCUUCCAAUUGUUUUGAAAAGAGCUAGGAAGGUAUAUUGACAUCUGAUUUGGAAUUCUAGAACUACUAAAGGAAUUAAGCUAUGUAAUAAAAUGAAAGCUUGACAAUGUCAGACUAGAUAGAAUUGUAAAAAUAAAAUGUUGCCCUCCACCUAUGUUCUUCUCUUUCCUUCUCUUCAAAGUUGGAAAGAACAAGCACUUUAAAACAAAUUUUCUCUGUUGUUAGAAAGAUAAUUUUUUCUCUUUUGUAUAAGCUGGAAGUCUCUCAUUUUUUUCAUAGUACUUCAGGUCCAGACAUUGGCAAUGUUAUAUUUCAAUGAGACCACAAUGUUUAAAGGCCUGCUUUAGCCUCCCUUUAAAAAGGAAUUUUCCCCCACCCAUUUUUCUUCCAAUUUAUCGGCACACUGGGAAAAUAGGCAGCAGGUUUAUUGCAUAGAAGGUGAGGCUUUUCAUGAUUUUUCAGAUCAGCAGUAAUAAAGAUCCAAUCUUCUGCUUGCUACAUUUAUCAACAAAAUUCUAUGAAAUUGGAGGAAAUAAGGCAGCUGGAAACAGUGAAGCUGUUGGGCUCCUUCUCAUAUUUGUUACUUAAAUUUAAUUAUUUGUUUACUUAAUUUUAAUUAUGACAGGUUCUAAUUAGUUUCUUAAAAGAAGAUCUUAGACAUAAUCUUCCCUUUAUUACAUUUUUUUCCAGACUGCAGAAAUAAGUAAUUGAGAACAAAGUCCUUAAUUUGAUAAGCAUCCCCCAAAGGUUUUCAGAAGACCUCAAAACUUUAGUUUGGAAACUAAAGUUUAUUUCAGAUAUCUGGGUGCUUCAAGAUGAAGGCUUCAUUGUGCUUCUCAGAUAUAUAGUCAUCUUCUAUUUGUAAUUCUGCUUCCUAUAUUUUCCUCUGUAUUAUCCCUCCCCCCACCAAAAGUUAAUAUGAUUCUCCUUUAAUACUCUUAUUCUAUGCCAAAAUUUGAGUUAGAACUAUUAACAUUUUUUAAGUUGCAGUACACAGGAACCUAAAUUAAUCACAAAUUAAUCACAAAUUGUGACCACAACUCAGAGUUAAACGUUUUCAGUCCUGUUAAUAAAAUGUGAGAGAUGAUUUUCUCUAUGGUUGUCUGAUUUUCUCCAAUAACCAUGAGCCUUUAAAGAGCUUAAUUUUAUUUGUUUGGGGUACAGAUAUUUACAGUUGUUUUAUUAUUUUCAAGUAGUAUAUAUUAGAUAUUCAUGCUCUCACAUUCACAUACAGCUUUUUAUCAAAGGUAUUGAUUUUGAAGAAACUGUUCAAAAAUUGUAGCCUCCAUAAAAUAUGCAAGUCAAGAAUAUUUUUAUAAUUUGGUUGACAGGCUUUAGGCAUACAAAGAAGUAUUCAUUUGGAUUUAAUUUUCUAGAAAUUCUGAUCCAUCCCUGAAUCUAGGCUGCACAAAUUUCAUGAACAUUCCCUAAGAACUAGAAAAUUGCUUUGAAAAUAAAAAAAAAUGAAAGCUGAUAUUUUUAGGUUUCUGGUACUGCAUAUAAAUAUAGACGUGAAUAUCAACAUAUUAAAAUAAAGAUUAUAUAUUGAAAUUCAAACUUGUGAAAUUAUACAAUGCAGCCAAGUUGUCUUGACAGUGAUUUCAGGCAAGGAGUUGCAUACAACUGAUCAUUUUGAUAAUCUAUGGGAAAGUAAAUUAAAAUGCAAUGUAACGUUAGUAAUACUCCAAAUCUCCAAUAUGUGGUGGAAAUAAAAUACAGCAAGGCUCUGCGUAGGUGUCGCUUAUGUCUCUUCUCUCACAUAGCCACUAUAUUAAUUCAGAAGGUAUCAAACUCUCAUAGUCUUCCUGUCCUUAGAUAAUCAUAAAGCAUUUGACAGAAUGAAAGAUACAUUUAUUUAAAAGUUGUUACUGAAAAUGGGAUUGCUAGAUUUAAUCAUCUACGCUCAUCUAACACAAGCAGUAAUUAGCAUCAAUAAAUCAGAUUAGGAGUUAUGUCAAGCAUCCAAGUUCAGUACAAAAAUUGCAUACAAUUUCAUAGAUCUUGGUAAAUUCUUGGUGCAUUUUUUACAAUCCGCAUAGAAAUAUCAUAGAGUUAGAAGCAGUGGUAAGAUUCAGCCAGUUUGCACUGAUUUGGCAGAACUGGUAGCCAGUUUUUUGUUGCCCAGGCCCAGAAUGGACUUCUGGAAGCGGCAUCCAUACAGAGAACCAGUUGUUCACAUAUUUGAAUCCCACCACUAGUUAAAAGGGACCAUUUAUGUCACUGAAUUAGUUCCCUGCUCUUACUAUCUGUGAUUGCUGGCUGUUUAUUCUGUAAACAAAUCUAUUGAUAGAGAACACACAGGUAAAUUAUUCUACUAUCACCAUUACUUUUACUAUUAAGGAUUCUUUUUGAGUGUGGGCUCUCCCACCAAUUUGUAUCACCCCCAAAUAUGGGAAUUUUCCUUCCAAUUUUUUAUCUUAGUCAUCAAUAAAAAUAUUUAAAAUUAGAAGAUCCAAAACAGAACUUUGUUUCACCAUAGUACAUGUCUGUCUCCAAUUUGAUGAAGAAUUUUUGAAUGUUCAUUAGACACCACUUUCAAGCUAAUUUUUUAGCCAUUUAAUUGUUAUGCCCAAUACAUAUCAAAUUUGUUAAUCAGAAAGGCAGGGGGUAUUUUGAAAAAUGCCUUAUUGAAAUCAAAAUCUAUUAUAUUCUCAAUAUUCCUGUCUAUUAAGGUUGUAUUCCCAUCUAGUAAGGUUAAUCAUGCAAAACCAUUAGGCAAACUCAUGCUGACUUCUGAUGAUGAUUGCCUAAUCUUUUUCAAAACAAAUACAAAUACUUAAAAUUUUCCUAAGUGUUAAUGUUAGACUGACUGCUCAAUAGCUCCUGGAUCCAUUAAAUUUCCUGAAACUUCCUUUUUUUUCUCCCAUACUAUAUAAAUGCUCACUGAAAUCAUCAGUUAAUACCUGGGAUGGAGUUGAUCUGAUUGCAGAUUUAAAUUUAGUCAUAGACAUAUGUAUCCUGAAAAUGUUUCCAUCAUCUUCAUGUUUCAGCCCCUCUCUUUUAUUCAUUUUAUAUUUACAUUACUUAUGUUAUUGUUGGAGAAGAUUGAAUCAAAGCAAGAGUUAGUAGCAUUGCCUAUGUCUAUGUGUUUGUGUGUAUCAUCUAUUAGCAUUUUGAUAUCUUCACUGUGCUGUUAAUAUCCUGGCUGUUUUGCUUUGAAGAAACAAAAGAAACUAUUUUUAUAGUGUUAAUAUCUCAAGUCAUUCCAAGCUUUACUUUUCAGGCACUAACUGUACAGCAAUAGGCUUUUUGUCAGUAUCCUUCCUAGUAUCCUUUCAUUGGCUUCAGAUCUUCACUAAGCUUUUUAUGUAGCUACACCGAUUUCUUCUUUCUCAUAGGAAUUGGUAUAGGUAAAAUAUUGGAAUAGGUAGAACAUUCUUAUUUUUUUCUGUGAUUUGAAUAGAUAAAUUACAAUGUGAUGUGAGCCUUUAUCAAUACUUUGACUAAAAUUGUAAUUCUUUUCGCACUGCUUUAGACUAUUUUUAAAAAGUUGUAUUAUAGUAUUAAAAGGUUUUGACACUUUUAAAGCUAAUAGUUUUAAGUUGCUUGAAGUGAGAGAUAAGACAUAUCUAUUAUUAUGUUUUUUGAGCAUAGGUUAUCUACCACAGGAACUGCUUUACAUCUACAUAUGCUAGAUCUGCUACAUUGUUGUAUGAAGAAAUCCUGUAUACUAAAAAUAAAACCCUUUAUCUCA